UCUCCUCUGUCGCGCAAGCAGAGAAGCCUACAAUACAAAAUAAAAAAAUAAGUUGACCCGUUUUAAACUUGUUUUAAAUUGUUCAGCGAGCUUAACUCUGAGGGAAAAGCAGGGAUAAAGAGAGGGAGAGCGGAGGCAAGAGUGAAAGGAGAGAGGGAGAGAGUGCGCGUGGAUUGUUUUCUCUUCUUCCUUCUCCCUCUCUCUGUGUGUUUUGAUGUUAUUUGUGACGGAAUCCCCCCUUCAGUCUCUAAGAAUCCGGAGAGAGGCGCAAGAAGAAGGAGGAGGAAACGAAGGAGGACAGGAGAGGAGAGGAGGUGGAGGAGGAGGCGCGCGCGGACCUGUCCACGAGCCUUCUCACUGCGGAACGCGCGGGGCUGCCGCUGGAGAUCCCCAAAAAACAAGCGCUGUUCUGGGGUCUGAUUGACAGCCGCGCGUCAAACUGCUUCGGCUAAAUGGACCGCUUCUGACGCCUCAGCCGGAAAGGAAAGGAAAGAAAAGGAAAGGCUUUCACUACCUUACCGGAGAAGGGGAGUGAGAGAGGUGGCGGCAGCAGCGGAGGAGGGUAGGGGGCGGCAGGUCUUCAGAACCAGACAGGUGGAUUUAGCAGUUUUAUGGUGCCCUUCUGGAGGGAGAAGAAAUGGAUGGAUUAAUCUGACGAAGGAGACGUUUGUUAUUCCCACCCGAAUGGAGUAACAGGCUGCAAUGUCAUCUCCACCUGGCCGCCUGGAGAGAUGUGUCACGGGAAUGGGACCAAGUUUCAACACUUUUCAUCUGGUUUUACUGAUGCCGUGAGAAGAAACCAAAAUGCCAGCAAACCUACAGGUCUCCGCGGCCGCCUGCGCGGGGCCUCGCACUACGGGAGCACAACCCAGCAGCAACAUUCCACGCUCGAACUCCGAAGAAGACGGUGCAAAACGUCCACAGCCCCGACCCUGCAGCAGCUGCCACGCUUCAUUGUGACACCGAAGGGUAUGAUGGGUGUAGUGGGCUGGACCUUGGUCCUACUCUUCUCAGUCACGAUGCCUGUGACAUCCCAAAAGCCUCCAAAACUCAAGGUGGGUGUGAUUCUAGGCCAGACACGCCCCGUAGCUGACCAGAACCUUCAGCCUCCUCAACGCCCUGAUGAUCCACUUGAAACCUCUGUGCUCAUCCUGAAGAUCAACCAAACAGACCCAAAGUCUGUAAUCAUUGAGGUUUGUGGGCUUGUGUCUCGCGAAGGUCUCCAUGGCCUUGUGUUUGCUGAUGGCACCGAUCAGGAGGCCAUCGCCCAGAUCCUAGACUUCCUGUCUGUUCAGACACAGCUUCCAGUUUUGGGUGUUCAUGGAGGCUCCUCUAUGAUAAUGGCUGAUAAGGACGAGAAGUCCACUUUCUUCCAGUUUGGCGCAGCCUUGCAGCAGGAGGCUCUUCUCAUGCUUGCAAUCAUGGAGGAGUAUGACUGGCAUGUUUUUUCUAUAGUAACAUCCAAGUUCCCCGGCUAUCAGGACUUCAUUAGCACUCUGAAAGUGACUGUGGAUCACAGCUUUGUGCGCUGGGACCUGCAGAGUGUUGUGACACUAGAUGCUGUAGAUGGUGACCCCAACUCAAAAUCACACAUUGCCCUCAAGAGGAUACAGAGCCCUGUUAUACUGCUGUACUGCUCCAAGGAUGAGGCAGUAUAUAUCCUGGAGGAAGCUCGGUCGUUGGGUCUAAUAGGAGCUGGUUACAUCUGGAUUGUGUCAAGUCUCACCACUGGAAAUCCAGACUUUACCCCUGAGAUGUAUCCCCUGGGAAUGAUCUCCGUAUCUUAUGACGACUGGGAGUACCCACUGGAGACGCGGGUGCGCGACGGGGUGGGCAUUAUUUCCACUGCGGCCUCUUCCAUGCUUCGGGAGAAGGGGGAUUUGCCAGAGGCCCAAGCCGGCUGCAUCAGCACACCAUCAGACAGGAGCCCAGGAAAGCUCCCACCUAGUGCCCUGCGCGGACACAUGAUGCAUGUGUGGAAUGAAGGACGAGAUCUAUCCUUUACUCCAGAUGGUUACCAGGCCAACCCCAGAUUGGUUGUUAUUGUGUUGAACAGUGAAAGAAAGUGGGAGAAGAUGGGCCGCUGGGAGAACGGGACGCUGUCCCUCAUGUUCCCAGUGUGGCCGAGGUAUAAUGCCCAUGGGGAUGAAGAUGCUGAUGAGAACCACCUCUCCAUUGUCACUCUGGAGGAGAAGCCAUUUGUCGUUGUGGAUAAUGUGGACAUCCUCACUGGCACCUGCAACAGGAACUCUGUGCCCUGUCGUAAACAUGUCAAGCUAAACACCACUUCAGGAGGUGCCUAUAUCAAACAGUGCUGCAAAGGUUUCUGCAUCGACAUUCUGAAGAAGAUUGCCAGGAACGUCAAGUUUACCUACGAUCUCUAUCUGGUUACCAACGGAAAACAUGGAAAGAAGAUCAAUAAUGUGUGGAAUGGCAUGGUUGGAGAGGUGGUGUAUAAGAAGGCCAUCAUGGCAGUGGGAUCACUGACCAUCAACGAGGAAAGGUCAGAGGUCAUCGACUUCUCCGUGCCCUUCGUAGAGACUGGUAUCAGCGUCAUGGUGUCACGCAGCAAUGGGACUGUCUCUCCCUCCGCCUUUCUUGAGCCCUUCAGUGCAUCAGUUUGGGUGAUGAUGUUUGUGAUGUUGCUGAUUGUCACAGCCAUUGCCGUGUUCCUCUUUGAAUUUGUCAGUCCACUGGGCUUCAACCGCAACCUGGCCCAAGGCAAAGACCCACAUGGUCCAUCAUUCACCAUUGGAAAGGCCAUAUGGCUGCUGUGGGGUCUGGUUUUCAACAACUCUGUGCCUGUGCAGAACCCCAAAGGCACCACCAGUAAAUUCAUUGUGUCAGUCUGGGCCUUCUUUGCUGUCAUCUUUCUGGCCUCGUACACUGCCAACCUGGCUGCCUUUAUGAUCCAGGAAGAAUUUGUGGACCAAGUCACUGGACUGUCUGACAAAAAGUUCCAGAAGCCGCACUCCUACUCCCCACCAUUUCGCUUUGGGACGGUUCCCAACGGAAGCACUGAGCGCAACAUUCGGAAGAACUACCCAGAUAUGCACCAGUACAUGACUAAGUACCACCAGACUGGCGUUGUGGAUGCAUUGGUCAGCCUGAAGACAGGAAAGCUGGACGCCUUCAUUUAUGAUGCUGCAGUCUUGAACUACAUGGCAGGCAGAGAUGACGGCUGUAAGCUGGUGACCAUCGGCAGCGGAUACAUCUUUGCCACCACAGGUUAUGGGAUCGCCCUUCAGAAGGGAUCAUAUUGGAAACGUUUAGUCGAUCUGGCUAUACUUAGCAUCAUAGGAGACGGUGAGAUGGAGGAGCUGGAGGCGCAGUGGCUGACCGGGAUCUGCCAUAAUGAAAAGAAUGAGGUGAUGUCCAGUCAGCUGGAUGUGGACAACAUGGCAGGAGUCUUCUACAUGCUGGCUACAGCCAUGGGUCUGUCCAUCCUCACCUUCAUCUCAGAGCACCUUUUCUACUGGAGGCUGAGAUAUUGCUUCACCGGUGUCUGCUCUGGCAGGCCGGGUAUGCUUUUCACUAUCAGCAGGGGUAUAUGGAGCUGUAUCCAUGGUGUUCACAUUGACAUGAAGAAGAAAGCACCUGAGCUGGACUUCAGCCCUCAAGCUAACAUGCUGCACUUGCUCAAAUCUGCCAAGUCCAUCGCAAUGUCAUCACCCAAACGCAACACUGUCCUUCUACAACCCAGCAUCCUAGACAUGAUGUCAGGCAAAGGUAACUCACUCCACAGUCUGCCUCAGAAGGGUCCUGGUCUCUAUAGCAACGCUGCGGGUCCCCAGGCUUUCCUGUCAUUGUCCGGGCGACAUAAAAACCAUCUUAACAAUGCUGCACCAUUUCCCAGCCAACAAAAAGCCCCGACUCUCCAGACCAGCCCCAACAAGCCCCAGCUGUCAAUCACCAACGAUAAUGACAAGAACCGCCUGGCUGGGCCUGCUAUCACUGCAUCAAAGCCACGGGCCUUAUGGAAGAAAAGCGUGGAGACGCUGAAGACUCAGCCAAGUGUGGUGUCUCCUGGAGGCCCGAGCCCCACCUCAGCUUCAGGAACUGGGCCUCCACAGAUGAAGAGCCAGCGCUACCUGCCGGAAGAGCCGCAACACUCAGACAUGUCAGAGUGUUCUAGUCGACCUCCAUCGCACAAGGAUUCUGACUCUAUGGCUGCGAGGGGUGGAUUUAAACCAAUCAAUCAGCUGAGGAAGCGGGGCGGAGGUGGAGGUGGAGGUGAAGGAGGAGGCAGUCGAGGAUCUAAGAUCUACUCCAUUGACUCUGACCAGGCCAGCCUCCAAUCUGCUCCUCCCUACCAGAGAGACAGCCAAGGGGGAGGUGAUGACCACAGUUACCCCCCUGACCUCUUUCCACCUGAUAGCACUUACUCACACUCACACCAGUCAGAUGCACCAAUUAUGCAGCUGAGCGCCAGUCUCCUGCACCACAGUCACAGCGCCGAGGCUGACCUGCACUCCCUAAAGGACAAGAAAUACAGCACCUACACACACAGCAAUGUAAAGGACAAAUCUGCAGGAUCAUUUGAAGCUCCUGGUUCAGGCUCGGCGAUACAGGGCACCAGGCCUGGUCACUGCCGUACCUGCCUGACCAAGCUCAGCAGUUACUCUGGCCUCUACACUGUUCGAUCCCCACAAGCGCGCUGUGAUGCCUGUGCCCACCUGGGGAACUUGUAUGACAUCAGUGAAGACCACCUGCACUCACACUAUGCCCAUACUCACCCACACAGUGGUGACAUGUUUACUCACUACCUUCCACAGAGUGAGCUUGGCCUGGUGGGCGAGGGCGACGGGCUUGUCAGCCACUUUGAGCCCACCCCAUCCUCGCCAUCUCCUUUGCCCGCUUCCCCAUCAGCCCAACACCUCCAGCUGAGUCGACAGCACUCGUACGAGAAUGUGCUUCCAGAUGGCAUUCCGGAGCGUCAGUCACAACCUCACCCCCACAUGCGAGGACUCAGCCUUCCUGACAGGGACCGGGACAGGGAGCUGACCUUGGAUGACGGGGCGUAUGCCAACGUCCUCACAAUGCGCUCUGACCGCCCAUACAGCAGUCGCAGCCCGCCCUCUCCGUCCCCAUCCCACCACCACAGCCUGGACAUCCCGAUGCCUAUGCCGCGGCGCUCAAAAAGCCUUCUGCCGGAUCGCCCAUCACACAACCCCUUCCUGCAUUCAGCCCCUGGCACAGCACAACGAGACAACACCUCCCAGGCUGCCACUCGGAUACCACAGAAAACUUCCUUCCACGAGCUGUACAAACAGAGGAUGCAGCUGUCCCUCACUCUUGGCAACCAUGGCAGUCAUCAUGUCAACCAGCAUGGUGGUCAUGUUGACCAACAGGUGUUUUACCCUCUGCAGGACCCUCCUGUGGUGGCCUACAUGGUUCCACCCGCUGCCUCACAGCCAAUGAGCUAUGUGACAGCACCGCGAGCCUCGAGUGCAGGCGGCAAUCGGCCUCGGCUGUACCGUCGCAUGCCCAGCAUCGAGUCUGAUGUCUGAGAGUCACAAAUAACACAGCUUUACUCUCACCAAACACACAAGCAUGCAAGAAGGGGUGUGUGGCUGGACCUGGGAGCUCUGGUUCUAAGCACAUAUGAAGAUACACACACGCAGACACACUCAUGGGUGAAAGAUUGAGCUCAGCAGUGGACCAAAGGGAUUAACAGUGAAACAGAGUAAAUACAUUUCUUUAUGAAAAGCCUCUGUAGGGCAGUAAAAGGGCCACAGGGACACCUGGAGGCAAAGUUUCAAAAUGAAGAAUGUGUGUGUGACAGUGUGUGUACUAGCCAGAAGCUGUGGGCAGCGGGAUACAAACUGACAAUACUUCUGACUAGACAGAUGGAACUCCUUGUGAAAAAAGUGGGACACUGCAGAAUCUAACCCCAACAGUGGAAUCUAACACAAAAAAAAGAAAGAAAAGAAAAUGCUAGAAAGACAAGCAAACCCAUCCCAUUCUCUCUGAGUUAAAGGGUCAAAGACGAUCCCCUUUUAUCUGAGAUUACACAAAGACGUACACACGCAUACACAGUUUACCCCAACAGUACCCACCUGCCCUUCCUCUUCAGGACUCUCCUGUUGCACUAUAAUUUCUCCUCCUGUUAACAUGUUUGUUGUCUGAGCCGCCAAACUGCACUGCCAGCAUGGCUUACAGAGUAAGGGCCACAGGGACACCUGGAGGCAAAGUUUUGGCAGUCUUUUAUCUACGUAAAAGACUGGAAGGUGUUCGGGAAACCAAUCUUAGAAUGAAGCUCCUGCCUGCAGAUGUACAAACACUUGAACACACAUGCACACAAUCUAAAAACAGAUUCUACAUCUGUUUCUUAUGGGAAAGCUCAAACUACCGACUGUUUGUUAUUGCUGAUGUCAGUUAAUUGAACAUUCCAAAAGGUGGACCAAACUUGGCCACCAGAAGAAAAAAAAUUACCUCUCAGGAUGAUGGUGUGUGUUCCUGAGUUUCUAAAUCUAACAAAGUGCAGCAUCUUUGCUUCCUCUCUUAGCUAGCCUUCAGGUCUUAAUGCAUGCUUCCAACUGCCCUGUGUUACACUUAAGCUCCUUAUACAGGGUCAUAUAUGCACAGGCACUCACACCCGCACAAACACAAAGUACAUGCACAUUAUGACAUAUACGCACAUGUGCAGAUUCGCAGUAGUCUAGUAGAAUAAGGUGGUUGUGUGUGUGAGGGGGGGGGGGGGUGCGUGUGCGUGUCUGUGUGUGUGUGUGUGUGUGAAGCUAUGAGAUAGCUUCUCUUUGUGCACUUUGUAGAUUUUAUAUCUCUGCCACCCACACAGACGUUUGACCAAAAAACACUUUUGUACGGAAAAAUAUGAAUAUUCUCAGUCACUUGCUGGAUAGAGGUUUUCUUUUUCCUCUUAUUUCUUUUUAGUGGGUUUUAGGGUACAGUGUAGGGCAGAGCUCUUCCAGAAUCAAACAUUUUUAGCAGUCAACAAAGAGUUACAAUAUCAUGCAUACAAUAUACACAACGCAAACACUUUUCUCUUCCUUUGUCUACUUUAAUGAAGCUCAUUCCGCCUUUGAGCCUUUUUCUGCUUUCCUAAUCGGAUGGUUUCUGUUUAUCCUCUAUUGCUUAUUGCUCUUCCCCUGCUCCCUGCCGUAGAGUAGAUAAAGUAUGAAAAGAGUAAAGUUCAGUCUUGGUGUUAAAAAUAAUAAAUUUUUGAUGGAGGUCACGUAAUAUCAGUGGUGAGAGAUCAUCAGAGUCCACACUAUUUCUCAAAGGAUGCAGUGUCCUUUUCUGAUACCUUUCUAUGUAAAACAUAAGGACUUGCAGACUUUUUAAAUGUAUUUGUAGUGAACGUUUAGGCAGAGUGCAUCUUCAGGUGCAGGUUUUCAUCAUCAAAAUUAUUGUAGAGUAGCUGGUAUGGUACUGGAGUACUCCUAACCUUUAGUACCAGGAGGUGCUGCCUUUCAUCUCAGAGAGGCACGCAAAAGAGACUUAUUUCAGAAGCAGCACACAUACACACGAGCACAGACUCGACAGGCCGGCAAUGUGCAUAUGAGUGUUUUAGAAAUCCAUAACCUACCAAGCAAGGGCAUUGAUUUUUCGGCACAAGGAUUUUGAUAGAAACAAGAAUUGAUGUCCCAUUAGCUGAGUGUCUCUCUCUAUUCUCUUUUUUGCUCUUGUACUCUCUCUCUCUCUCACGAACAACCACACUCACUUCUAAACAAAACAUAAGUGACAAAUGUGACAAACAGAGAAUGCAGGACAGUUUAAUAAAAAAAGAGAAAAGACAAUGCACCUUUGAAAGGUGAGUGCUGCCCCUAUUUUGGUAAUCUUAAUAGGUUUGUUUUGUGAGUUAUAUACAAAAUAUCAGGUUGCAAUAUUAAACUUCUGUACAGAGAUUUAUUUUGGUUUGUUUUUACUGUUUGGAAAUUGUUUCAAUUGUUUGAUUUAAAUUGUAUUAAAUAUUGAAUUCAUUUUAAAUGCAACAUGACUUUAAAUUCUGCUUUAAAAAAUGAAAGGCAUGUUUUACAUUCUUCUGUCAUUUUAUUUCCCUACUCCUUCCACUAAAGUGCUACAAGUUGGGACCUCACUGUACAGUCAUCACAGAUGGUUUAGCUCAGUAGUUAACUAUGUGGGUCAGCUAACCAGUUUUCUAACUUACCCAGCUGAACCGUAUUUGGUGACUGUCCAACUUGCGUGGUUUAAACAUACCCAUUCCACCCACUGUGUUCUCUUCCACCACGUGUCUGUUCUUUUCCACCUCUGAGUGUGAGAGUAUGCAUGCGUGUGUGUGAGUGUGUGCUUCACUUUGUGAAGCCAUUUGUAUAAAAGAGAGAAUGUGUGUAUUAGAGGUUACUUGGGUGUAUGUGUCUGUGUUUUUGACAUAUUCUUUCUUUGAUCCUAUACACAACAUUUGAACUGGCUUUUAUGUAUUUGUGUUGCAUUAUUAUUGAUGCAACAAUAAUAAUGCAACACAAACCAUGAUCACCUGACAUCAUGGUUUGUGUUGCAUUAUUAUCGAUGCAACACAAAUACAUAAACAUGCACACACACACGCAAACAUGUCUCUAUUGUCAUGUUAAGAAAGCAUGUUGAAUAAGUUUGUACAUCCACCACCAGAGAUUUUUUUUUUCAACCCUUUAAUUUUGAUUUUUUGGGGGUUUUGUUUUUGUUGCUGCAUGACAUGCUUGUAUUUUCAGUGGUUCAUAUUUUGCUGCAACAUCUGAUUUCUCCCUGGGUUUGGACCCUCGGGGCUACAUGCACCGACACACACACCUUCCACCCUAACUGACAUACCUUUCUGGAUCAGAGUUCCACACCUUGUAUUUCCUGCUUGGAUUGUGAGCAACACAGCACCUGGCUGAGGAAUCCUUUGUAUGGAAUUCAGAACCAACUGAGAUCUUAGUUUUAAACUCAUUCUUCCAGCUCUGGGUGAAAGGAGUGAGUUGGUGUGUAGUCCUGUAAGUUUCUGUUGUGUAUCAAAUCUGUGUAUAAGUUCAGGGGUUUCAAAGCUACUAGUUGUGUUGUAAAUACUACCUUAUCACUCAGUACCUCUGUACAAACUGUAAAUAAGUAAAGGUUAAAUUUUUCUA